CCCGGUUUUUGUGGUCAAGCAUUUAAAGCGGACAAGUUGGAACAUAUCAGGCGUCUUGUAGUGUCCUAUCCACAGCUGAAUGUGCUGACACGUUUUGGCGGUUGUUUUGGAUGCUCCUAACAUAAGACAGAUAAAACCUUAUGGCGGCUGAUCAGAGCGGUUUCUAUAGAUUUUUUUUCUCCCCUUCAACCAGGCAGCAGUACGGACAGCCAUGCGAGUAGACAGGCGGGGUCUCGGGUCGCUCUAGGUAGGAGAUGGCCAAUCUAGAAUACUGGGUUUCGGUGUGAUUGUGGUAACCUGUCUGACCAGCUGUAGACAGUGGUCAUGCAGCCGCCGGACAAGACACAGGAGGUCAGACAACUGCUGGAGAGGGACUUGCUGGCGGCAGACUUGAAGUGCAGCCUCCUUGUGUCGGCGGCGCAGAGCUACAGACGGGAUUCGGUCCUCCGACCAUUUCCUCCCCAGUACCUUAAUUCGGAGGAGAAGGAAUUCGAUGCAUUGUUGGCAGAUAUAUUGUCCCUGUCCAGUUUACGAGAAAUUCAAGAGGCCCUGCCCACAAAAGAGACGCAGUCCUUGGAUUUGAUUCACUGGGCCUUGACAUCCAAGAACUUCACCAUCAGGACAUUACCAAAAGACGAGUAUACAAAAAUCCAGGAAAGGACACAGUUUCAUAGCACUGCUGUGCCUCCUCCUGACUUCCUAUUUGAAAUUGUAUAUUGUGAACAAACAAAUGCUGCAUUUGAAGAGAUGAAAGGAGGAAGGGAUUUGAUCUAUGCAUUUCACGGAAGUCGGCUUGAAAACUUUCAUUCAAUAGUUCACAAUGGCUUACAUUGUCAUCUUAAUAAGACUUCCUUGUUUGGUGAAGGCACGUAUCUCAGUAGUGAUCUGAGCUUGGCUCUCUUGUACAGUCCCCAUGGAAAUGGGUGGCAGCACAGUAUACUGGGACCAUUGCUCAGCUGUGUAGCUGUUUGUGAAAUUAUUGAUCAUCCAGAUGUAAAAUGCCAAAUUAAAAAGAAAGAUUCUGACAGCAUCGAUAAGCAGAGAGCCAGAGUCAAAAACAGUGAAGGUGGAGAUGUGCCGCAGAAAUACUUUGUGGUCACCAACAAUCAACUCCUCCGUGUGCGGUACCUGCUUGUCUACUCAGAGAAGCAGCACAGAAGACGGCAAUCCAAAGAAUUGUCUUGGCUUUCCAAACACAGAUUCUCUCUUCUGAUGUCCUUGUAUUUGCUUAUCCUGAUAAUCAUUGGUGCUUGCAAUUCGCCUGCAUUUCAAUAUUUUUGGAGAAGACUACUUGAUAAAAGAAAGUAAGAAAAUCUAGUGCCUUAUGGUGUGCUUUAGUCAACAUUGCUGUCACAUCUAAUCUGUCAGCAUUUUAUGGACACUGUUUUUUAGCUGCAAGUGGUAGCUA